UAGCCUGACUGCCCAGGUUCCAAGAACCUGCGACGAAGAUUAUUCAUCAUGUUAGAAGACACUUGUCAGUGGCGGCUAACAUCAAGAUUGACUAGCGUCCAAAUGGUGACGUAUGGGCCUAUAUCAUUAAUCAUCUUCUUGCGAUGGGACCCACUGUAAGAUUCCUUGAUGAUUGGCUGCACUUAUAUUAGGAGGACCAACUAAGUUUUGAGGAUUCACAAAACCAAAGCAGAGAGUGCAAGAAGAUAAUGGAGAGAGAAGAGGAUAUUGUAAUUGUGGGUGCUGGCAUAGCUGGUCUUGCUACUUGUUUGGGACUUCACAGGCUGGGGCUGCAGAGUAUCGUGUUGGAAUCAGCAGAUUCGCUGCGAGCUACUGGAUUUGCACUGGCGUUGUGGACUAACGCCUGGAGAGCUUUGGAUGCACUGGGCAUUGGGGACUCUCUUAGACAACGUUCAUUAUCCAUUACAGGGUUCAAAAGUUUCUCAGCGGAAUCAGGUGCACCUAUCAAGGAGGUAUCACUCGUGGAGAAUAACCGUGUGGAGUAUGAAAGUCGUCGCGUGAGAAGAAAAGACCUGUUGGAGAAAUUAGCUAAUGAACUGCCUGGAGGCGCUAUUAGAUAUUCUUCCAAGGUUGAUUCCAUUGAAGAAUCUGGACCAAUGAAAUUGGUACAUCUUGCAGAUGGUUCCACUAUUAGAACCAAGGUCUUAAUUGGAUGUGAUGGAGUCAAUUCUGUGGUGGCAAACUGGCUUGGGCUUCAGAAACCUGUCAAUUCUGGGCGGUCUGCAAUUAGAGGCUUUGUUGAGUAUCCGGACAAACAUGGUUAUGAGCCCAAGUUCCAUGCGUAUUUUGGAGGUGGAGUUCGGUUUGGCUUUCUUCCUAGUGAUGACAAGAGUUUGUAUUGGUUUUGCACAUUCACACCAUCUGUUGUACAUUUUGAUGGAAAUACGGAACAAGAUCCAAUGAAAUUGAAGCAAUUUGUGUUGAAAAAGGCCAGUAAUGUGUCUAAAGAACUCUGCACCGUUAUAGAGAGAACUACACUAGACUCUAUAUCUUGUGUACAGCUGAAAUUGAGAUUGCCAUGGAAUGUUUUGAUGGGGAAUAUUUUGAGAAAUAACGUUUGCGUGGUAGGUGAUGCCCUUCAUCCCAUGACUCCAGAUCUUGGUCAAGGUGGAUGUUCUGCCUUAGAGGACAGUGUUGUUAUCGCAAAGUGCCUCGGAGAAGCUUUGGUAAAACCGAUAACAGAUGGAAGAAUUGAACAAGAAGAUGAGGAAUUUAUGAAGAUUAGAAAAGGCCUUGAGAAGUAUGCUAAAGAGAGGAGAUGGAGAAGUUUUAUAUUCAUCAGUGCAGCCUAUUUAGCUGGAUUUAUACAAGAGAGUGGUAGCAAGGUAAUCAGCUUCUUAAGAGAACAUUUUUUGGCUGGAGUCACUAUAUCAGUUACACUAAGAAUUGCUAACUUCGACUGUGGAAGACUAGCUGUUUCUUGAAAUGUAUGUGAUGCAUCUUAUAUUGAACUGAAGAAAGAAAGAAGCACCAACAUUGUUGAAGUUCCAAA